AUGCCUGGUGAAAAGCCUAAAGUUGGCGGGGUGGUUGGGGCCACCAGAUCACUGUAUGCACUGCCUUCACUGACAGGCGCAAUUAACCACGAUCCGACAAAAUCCAGAGCACCAAGUUACACUUUUGGCCAUACCUCUCACUCAAAAAAACAAAACACCUCACCUGGACCCGCUCAUUUUAUCCCCUCCAACAUCACCAAAAAUGGCCGCGAUGGAACACCGGCAUUUUCAUUUGGCAGACGUCGAAAGGAGCGGGCACUUGACGAAAUCCCUGCGCCCAAUUGCUACCAUCUUGCAAAUGCAGAGAAGAUCACAUUUAGGUCUAAUCCUGCUUAUACUUUGUCUACAAGGUGGAAACAUGCAGUACCAAGCUACCAGACCACACCCGGUCCAGCAUCCAACAUGCUUCCUCCUGUUCUGGGAUCCAAAACUGUGAACAUACCUUCGGUGCCCGCACACACAAUCUGCGGUCGCAGCAAAAUUGGCAACAUUUUUAAUGAUUUGGCACAGACUCCAGGCCCCGCAGCCUAUCAAGCUGUGGACCCCAAAACGUACCUGAGGAAAUCUCCCCAGUACAGCAUGCCAGCCCGCAACUUCCCACCUACAAGCUUUACAAAGACACCAGCGCCUGGAGUCUACUGCCCUGAGAAGGUCACCUCCUCACACCUAAAAGCUCCAUCCUUCAGCUUUGGGCGACAUCACUCGGAAAACACCCUAAUCCCACUCACGGAUGUGGAUCGAAGUCAACGCUCAUUAACGCUUAUUUAAUUUCGCACUGAAGAAAAUGGUAAAAUCCAGCUGGUGGGAAUGAAAACGAGGGUACAAUCGAAAGACGACGAUGACACUUUACACCCUAGAGCAGCCUUCAUCAAAUGCUUUAAGCCACAUGUAGCGCUUUAACAUCCAUCCGAGCAGAAAUGGCACACCCUCAGAAAAGGUAUUUUUAAAAGUUAUGUUUAGGCAUGCAAUAUUAGCCAACACAAGCUUGAUUGUUGAUUUUUGUGAUUUGGGUACCAAACGUUCCAUCCAUUUUCUGUAGCGCUUGUCCUCGUUAGGGUCAAGGGUAAACUGGAGCCUAUUUUAGCUGACUUUGGGCAAGAGUCGCCAGCCAAUCAUGGGGCACACAUAGAUUAAUAACAUUCACACGUACACCUACGGACAAUUUAGAAACUAACAUGCAUGUUUUUGGACUGGGAGCAAGCGGAAGUGCCUGAAGAGAAUCCACGCAAGCGCCGGGAAACAUGCAAACCCCACACAGGGACAAGGCCUGAGUCGAGAUUUGAAUCCAGAA